AUGGCCUUCAAACUUAAAUUGAAAGUUCCUUCUAAUGGUGGUGGGACACCUAAGGAGUCUAGUAAAUCCACAGGAGGUCCUAAAUUAAAGAUCAAACCGCCACUGGGAGGACCAAAGUUAAAGAUUAAAGAACCAACAGCAGGAAUUUCUAAAAAGAAACAAAAGCUGCUGAAGGAAAAGGAAAAGGAAAAAGAGAAACCUAAGAAGUUAAAGAUUAAUCUAGGUGGAUUAUCAAAGGAUAAGGUAAAGGUGGAACCAAUGAAAUUGAAGCUUAAUCCUGGUUCUUCAUCUUCAUCUUCAUCAUUAAAAACCAAAAUGUCAUCAGAAGUUCCUUCACUUAUCCAACCAACAGUUAAAUCUAUCCCUAAAGUUAGAGUGAAACCAACUAGAGUUCCUGGGGAAGGGUACGAUUCCGAGGCUCCAGAUUUGGAAGAUGAUCCAUUAAUUGAACAAGGAUUCAUUGUACGAUUUCUUGAUGAUGCAAAUUUGGAUCUUGUACAUAAUGCCGUUGAUUCAGGAGAUUUAUCAGAUAUCAAUAUUAAAUGGAUCACGAAAGAUUGUGCUAUUGUGAAUAUAAGGAGUACAUUAUAUCUGGCAAGAUUACUUGAUCUUCCAACUGUUACCGAGUUGUAUAAGACAGUUGAUAAGAAGAGUAUAUUUAAAACAAUGGAUGUAUGUCAGAUUCUUCUUGUUCUUCGAAUGGUUGACCCCACUGAUUUGAACAUGGAAAGAGAUUUUGAGCUCAGUGCUGAUAAAACAUGCAUUCAUCCAUUGUACAAGAUCCCACAAUCAGAAAUAAAACCAUCAAGAACUGUUUAUCGAGAUGGGUUGAUUUAUCCAUAUGAAGAUGUAUAUAGAAGAUUUCGACAACGUAAGGUUGAUCAUCGUGUUCUUGAAGAUAUUCAACUGAGAGUAGAUGAAUUGAUUCGAAUGGAUGAAGAAGCUGAAGAAUGCCAUUUUGAAGUGAUUGAUUUGAAGAAACAGAAAUUAGCUCAACAACAACAACAACAACAACAACAACAAUCAUUCGAUCGUUCGAACAUUUCUACUCCAAGAGAAGGCAUGACACCUACAUAUGUUGAAAAGAGUGGUGGAAGUGCACAAGGUAUGGAUAUCGAUGAUGAGGAGGGAAUUGAAGAUGAAGAAGAAGUGGUGGAAGAAGAAGAGGAAGAAGAAGAUGCUGAUUUGGAAGAAGAAUUGGCCAAGGCAUUGGAAGGUGGAGAUGAUGAAAUGAAUCUUGGAGCGGACGAAGGAGGUGAAGCGGUGCAAGAUGAAGAGGAUGAAGAUGAUGAAGAUGAUGACGAUGAUGACGAUGAUGAUGACGAUGAUGAAGAGGAGGAGGAAGAAGAUGACGAUGGUUCGAAGGCAGAUAAGCAACAUGCAAAGAUGUUGGAAGAAGAAAUCAAUGAUUUGGAGAAGGUGGUGGAGAAGCAUAGAGUUGGUCUUGAGACUGCAACCCAUAAGAUGAUGAAGAUGAAGUUCCAGGCCAGUUAUAAGACUUUGAAGGCAUCAUUGGAUGCCAAGAAGGCCGAAUUAGCCAAGAUUGUGAGCGAACAACAACAUACACAACAAAAACAAACCCAAGCUAUGGACUCACAUCAUCAUGAAAUCCCUGCGGAACAAGUGAAAGAUCGGAAUAAGAGUCAACAUGUGGACCAAGACGACCAGGAACAAGAUCAGGAUCAGGAUCAAGAUCAGGACCAGGACCAAAAUGAUGAAGACUCAGAUAAUAUUGAUGACAUGGAUGAUCUUUUCUAA